AUGGACAGGUUUACAAUUGCAUGGCUCGAUCCAACAGCGAAAAGUCAAUAUGCACAUCUGAAUGCUUUACAAGAAUUGGGUAUUUCAUCCGACCCUGUUGUCAUACAUGACACACUACAUGAAUGCGUAACUCAUAUUCAGUGCAACAGAUCACGAGUUCUUUUGAUUGUGAAUGGUAAUUUUGGUGAAGAACUUACACAAAGCGUUCAUAAUGAUUCUAAGGUUGAAGCAAUCUAUGUAUAUUGCAUGAAUGUAGAUCAUCAUAAAAAGUGGGCGAUCCAUCAUAACAAAAUUAAAUGUGUAGCAAAAGAGUUUUACGAGAUUAUCAACCAUAUGAAAAACAAUUAUACAACUUCUACAAAUGUGAAUGUGUACAAGCCAAUUACUGCAUGUUCUGUUCCUUUUCUCCCGGACAUGUCGCUGUUGGGCAAAGUUCUGUUCAAUACAGUUCAGUAA